GUAAACACAAGCGGGGCGACGCGAUGAUUAGAGUGGAGCCGCCGAGUUAACUUGGAGAGUUAAAUUACAGGAAGAUAAAAAGACCAAAAGAGACACCUCCAUUUGCAGUAACUGUUGUACAAAAUGGAGAAAGUAUGCCAAGUUGUGCAGGACUCUCCAGAAAUGGAAUAUGAAUGUAAAGAGCAAGUCUUAGUAGAGAGGUAUGAUGAGAAGGAAGACAAUCCGUUACUGCACAGGAGGCUCCCUUCCAUGACUACCAUGGAGAAAAGAAGUGUGGAUAUAAAUGAAGGGGACUGUGAGUGGGAGUCUGUGCACCUUCAACAGGACAGUGGUGGCAUUAAAGAGAAGGACAGUGGAAGAGAGGCAGUAAGGUGUAAACAGGAAUCUGAUCCAGAGUCUGCCCACACUGACAUGCGGAAAAACAAAAGUAUAAGUAGCUUCACGGAAAAAGACUUUAAAAUAGAGCCCAUCUCGCAGACUUUAUGUUCCAGUGAAGUGGUACCUGGAUUAGAAUUCACAGCAAGUGCACACGGCUCCCUGCAGCACCAUUCUGUAUCUCUGAGAUCCAAACCUGUGGAGUGUGACAUGAAGUCUGAAAAAUCAUCAGGCUCAGGUUCUUCUGAGCGAGAUCUACAAGACAAUGGUAGUUUCUUCUCAUCUCACACCUGUCUUCAGUCCAGACCACAAUGUACAACACAUGAUGAGAGUAUGAAGACUUCAGCUUCUAUAUCCAACAGUUUGAAAGCAGCCUUUUUGCAGAAUAGUUCUCUGCCUGUUGUGGUACUUACAAGAAUAGAUGUGUCCAACAGUAAGCUACAUGGCUACAAUAGAAAUUCAGCAGCGCUGUCUGUUUACCAAGAGCGGAGAAAAGGUUUCAAUCGCAAACCUAAGCACAAAGAUAAGUUGAAUUCUUCAAAACAAAAGCAGUAUGAUUGUUCUGAAUGUGGAAAACAAUUUUCUAGGAAAUGGCAUCUUCAGACCCAUACAAGAAUUCACACUGGGGAAAAGCCAUACCAGUGUUCUGUGUGUGGCAAACGAUUCACUCGCAAUAACAGCCUUCAGAUCCACACAAAACUUCACACCGGAGACAAACCAUAUACCUGCUCUGAAUGUGGUAAAGGAUUUCCUGACAGAAAGCAGUUUCAGAGACACAUUAGAGUUCACACUGGAGAGAAGCCAUAUUGCUGCUCAGAAUGUGGAAAAGGAUUCCCAUGUAGUAGCAGUCUUCAUGCACACAGAAGAUGUCACACUGGAGAGAAGCCACACAGUUGUACUGAAUGUGGAAAACAGUUCUCUCGCAGUAGCAGUCUAAAAAUUCAUGCAAGAAUUCAUACUGGAGAGAAACCAUAUUGCUGUUCUGAAUGUGGUAAACGAUUUUCGGACAGUAGGCCAUUUCAAAGACACUCAAGAAUUCACACGGGAGAGAAGCCGUAUAGCUGUUCAGAAUGUGGCAAACGGUUCUCACACAGUAACAGUCUUCAGAUCCAUGGAAGAAUUCACACUGGAGAGAAGCCAUAUUGCUGUUCAGAAUGUGGCAAGCAAUUCUCCCAAUUAAGCAAUUUUCAAGAUCACUCAAGAAUUCACACAGGAGAGAAGCCGUAUCAUUGUUCUGAAUGUGGCAAAGGAUUUGCCACCUGUGGGCAUCUUCAGAGUCACAAAAGAAUUCACACGCGGGAGAAGCCGUAUUGUUGUAAGGAAUGUGGCAAACGGUUCUCUCAUGGGAGCACUUUCAAAAAACAUACAAAAAUCCACACUGGACAGAAGUCAUUUUUUUGUGUUGCAUGUGGUAAAGGAUUCUUUACCACGACUGAACUUCAAACCCACACCAGGAUACACACAGGCGAGAAGCCAUACUGCUGUUCUAAAUGUGGCAAACGAUUCACAACCAGCAGCAUUCUUCGUUGCCAUAUAAGAAGUCACACUGGAGAAAAGCCUCAUUCCUGUCCUGAAUGCGGCAAAGGAUUCUCCGACAAAAGAAGUCUUCAGAACCAUGCAAAAGUUCAUACUGGAGAACAAGAAGAAACUUAAAGAUAUGAUACUAAUAACUGGAAAUCCUGUAAUAAAUUUUGUGAGGAACAUAGUCUUCAGUAAAAUCCACACCUGACAAAAGGCAAAAAUGUCUGCCCUUGAAACAGUUUAGCUUCUUAGAAGCACAAGGACAGGGGCAACAAUACACCCACGUUUAUGUGUAAUAUUACCAAUACUUUUAACAUGUCACUGUUACAACAAAACUAACCUUUGUCGCUCAUUUAAUUGUAUGCCUUUUUGCCAUUGAUGUUGUUCAUAAAAUGGACAGCUUUGCUAUACAACUGACUACUGUGAAACCUACUGUAAACAGACAUAACAAUAAUACAAACACAGUGCUUGAAAGUAUUAAACAGGUCAAGCCACCAACUAUUCAAAUGUGAAAGUUACAUUGACAUUGAAAUACAAAUGCAUGCUGAUAAAAUAUCCCAUCUGUAUUACAAGGCCUGACAAGUCUUCUGUCAUCGUAGUGCCAGUGCUGCUAGAGAUAUUGACAGGAUAGUGAAAAACCAAAAAAUAAAAUAUAUAUGUGCCUUCCUGGAUUCAUUUGAUGAAGUGUC